AUGGCGAGCCAACACAACACUUCGUCCACGCAGUCGCUGAAAGACAGCUUCUUUUCCAGCACCACCGCCUACCACAGCAAACCUAUACGUCCACCGAGAUCACAGGCAUCACGCUCACAAAAGACUGUGCCAGAACCCACAGCCCUGUCGCCAGAAGCCUUGAGCAAACUAAAGCCUAAGGAUGAAAACCAAGCCACUUUGUACACCCACGCUCGCAUCGUCCAUUUCCUACGUGGACUACCUGAUGUACCCACAGACCCAACAGGGGAGAUCAUCCCAACACCAGACUUCAGCAAGUCAGACUCCCAGGUGCAUUACUAUACACCACCUUUCCAUCCCCAUCACAUGCACAUUCUCAGACGCUUUCAAGAGAUGCAACGUACAGAACCGCAUGCGGAGUUUCAUCUUCACAAAGCAUGGUUAAGUUUGGAAUACUCUAAAGAUGACAAAGUGGGUAUGCAUGUAGGCGUAGAGGAUGAGGAACACGGAUAUAGAAUUCAUAAGCACAUGCGCUGGUUGAGAGAUAAAUGGUUGGGAUAUGAGGUGGAAUUAUUGUAUUAUAUUAUGGAAUACGAGGAUGAUGGCAAAGAGCCUGAUAGGGAUCAGGGAGGUCUGAAGAUUCAGGUAGCAGACAGAUGA